CGGAAGAAAGAACAGGAUCAUGUGCUGUGUAGGUAGCAGCAGCGGCAAUCUGUUUUUUCCAAACUGUGUAGCACCUUUUCAAAAAGAAAAUUUGUCGAGUUUGUUUUACUCAAAAGUGGGCGGUUAAAAAUAAUAUGAUGGGCAUGAAAAAGCAAAAAGAUGAAGCGGCUAAAAACGUUUCCUCUUCCUUCAGCUGACAUAACAAAUCUGUAACCGUUCGCAUCCAUAUUCACAAAACCCUAAUUGCUGUGUGGACUUGAGACAGUUGCAGAGAAAGUGCCAAGUAACUGUAGCAGUAGUGUUCAUAGCGUGAGCUUCUUUGGAAGUGGAGGUAGAAGAAAAAGAAGAAGAAGAUGAAGGGAUUGUUCAAGUCCAAGCCGCGCACACCCGUCGACGUCGUGCGGCAGACGCGGGAGCUUCUUCUCUUCGUCGAUCAAAGCUCCGCCGACACGCGCGAAAGCAAGCGCGAAGAGAAGAUGUCCGAGCUGUAUAAAAAUAUCAGGGAGCUAAAGUCGAUCCUGUAUGGAAAUAGCGAAUCUGAGCCAGUCUCAGAGGCCUGUGCACAGUUGACCCAGGAGUUCUUCAGGGAGAACACGUUGCGACUCCUCAUUAAAUGCCUUCCCAAAUUGAAUUUGGAGUCUAGAAAGGAUGUCACUCAAGUUGUUGCAAAUUUACAAAGGCAACAAGUUCAUUCUAAGUUGAUUGCAUCUGAUUACCUAGAGACAAAUAUGGAUCUUAUGGAUAUUUUGAUUCUUGGGUAUGAAAACUCAGACAUGGCUUUACACUAUGGUGCAAUGCUGAGAGAGUGCAUAAGACACCAGAUUGUUGCAAAAUAUGUUCUGAACUCUCCUCACAUGAAGAAGUUUUUUGACUACAUUCAACUCCCAAAUUUCGACAUUGCUGCAGAUGCUGCAGCAACUUUUAAGGAACUCUUGACAAGACAUAAAUCUACUGUAGCAGAAUUCCUUUCUAAAAAUUAUGAAUGGUUUUUUGCAGAAUAUAAUUCUAAGCUGUUGGAAUCUUCCAAUUACAUUACAAGGCGCCAAGCUGUCAAGUUGUUGGGAGAUAUGUUACUUGAUCGUUCAAAUUCAGUGGUGAUGACACGAUACGUGAGCUCAAGAGACAACUUGAGGAUUUUGAUGAAUCUUCUAAGAGAGACAAGCAAGAGCAUACAGAUAGAAGCAUUUCAUGUUUUCAAGCUAUUUGCUGCUAACCAAAACAAACCAGCUGAUAUCAUCAGCAUACUUGUCGCAAACAAAAGCAAAAUUCUGAGACUAUUGGAGGACUUCAAACUUGAAAAAGAGGAUGAACAGUUCGAGGCUGACAAAGCUCAGGUUAUGAGGGAAAUUGCUGCUCUAGAACUGAAGGAACAGCGCGCGUGAGACAAGUGGCAAUUGUGUGUUGUAAUAGUUGUGUUAGUCUUCACUUCUUCAAGAUGAGAAUAUCAUUUAGUAACUACAGCUUUUUCGAUGCUUCCGUUAUGUAAUUUUACCACGUUCCUUGUAUCAUAGUAAACAAAUAAAUUGCCGAAGUGUUAGCUGCAUAUGGUUUAUGUUUUUUUCCAAUGUAUUAUUAUUAAUUAGCAAACAACUCAUCCUAGCUACCCUGUAAAUGGUAAACUGUACCAGGUCAUGCAAUAUGACCUUUCUCAAA